CUGUGAUGUUUUUAAAAUGUCAAUGUCAGUAAAAAUCAUAGAAGUCGCAUCGUCCGGCUGUUGUUUGGUGUUAGCGCUAACGCCGCAAUAUAAUAAUAAACAGCGGUGACUGGAAGAUGAGCUAUCCUCAUGCCGAUGGCUAGCCUCAACGUAGCGGAGUGGUCGGCGGAGCAGGUGGCGGACUGGCUGACAGGGCUGGGCCCCACCGUGGCGCGCUACGUGCCGGCGCUGCGCGAGCGCGGGCUGGACGGCGCCAAGCUGCUGACGCUGCGCUGCGACGACCUCGAGUACCUCGGCAUGCACGUCAUCGGCCACCAGGAGCUGCUGCUGGAGGCCGUCGAGCAUCUGCGGAACUUUCAAUAUGAGGUGUCGCGAGAGUGCGUGCAGCAGCUAGCACUACGAGUGUCAGUGGUGGCCACCACCCUGGCACGUGCUCUACGACACCACACGGACGCGCGGCUUGAGACACAGACACUGGCUGAUGUAGCUCGCACCGUGCACGCUGUUAAACCACUUGUGUGCUGGCUCGACAGAUGGCCGGGCGGCGGCGCGGGCGGCGCGUGGCUGGCGGCGCGCAAGACGGCGCUGCUGCAGCACGCGCUGGAGGCCGCCGCCUGCGCGCAGCGCGAGCGCUUCGCCGACCAGCCCGCCCGCGCCGUGGCCGCCGCCGCCGCCGGCACCGCCGCCGCCGCCGACUACAUCAUCCAGGACGUGGCCGACCCCAUGGUGCUGCAGCCCGCCUCGCUCGACACCGUCACGCUGCGCCAGGCCGACAAGCCGCUCGGCUUCGACGUGGUGCCGUCCUUCUGCGGCCACCACCAGCUCGCCGACAUCCGCUUCGGCUCGCCCGCGCACGCGUCGGGCGCCGUGCACAUCGGCGACGAGAUCGUGCAGGUGGGCGCGCAGUGCGUCAUCGGCUGGAGCGGCGCCGCCGUGCUGCGCGCGUGCGGCGCGGCGGGCGCCGAGCUGCUGCUGCGGCUGCGGCGCCGCGCCGCCCGCGCGCCGCCCGCGCGGCCGCCGCCGCCGCCGCCCUACAGCGACGACAGCGAGCCCGACGAGCCGGCGCCGCACCCCGCGCGCCUGUACCCGCCCAAGCCGCGCGCGCUGGUGCAGCGCCGCCACACGCUCGCCGGCGACGCCGAGCUCUACAAGCGGCCCAGCCACACCAUCGAGCAGUUCUGGCAAGAGCUGAAGCAGCAGCGCUGGGGUGCUGAGGGCGGCAGUGCCAGCAUGACUCCGGCGCCUGACGACACCGCGCUCUACGCGAGGGACAAGGCUGUGUCAUGUAGCACAGGCCUCGAGCUGUCGCCCCGGCCGCGUACGUGCCUCGGCGUCGUGACCGACCGUCCCCCCGCUCGGCCCCUGCCGGCGCCCGGCCCCGCUGGCCCCGCGUCCCCGGGGCCCGCGCCUGACCCGCCGGGCCCCGACGAGCCGUCCGCCCCCGACCGCAGCCGCGGCAAGAUGGACAAGAGCCAUUCUACACCCGCGUAUGACUUCGACGCCAGUGUGGACGAACCGGGCCCUCUAGCUGCGCAAGCCAUCCCCGAGUCCCCCACCACCCCCACUGACAGCCCGCUAGCGAUACACUCGGCGUACAAAGCCGAUAGGAUUCUAGAUUUCAAAAAAUCCAGUUGUCAAAUCGGCGAGGCCAUACUGCAACGCGGGCGGCGCAGCAACGCGGACGAGCGAGCCGCCGACGCCGACAGCGGCGCCGACAGCGACGCGCUGGCGCCCGACCCCGACCAGCACUCGCGCCCGCUGCACGCGCUCAACACCGCGCUGCUGCAGCGCCGCCGCUCCGCCGAGCCCGCGCCCGCCGCCCCGCCUGCACCGCACAGAUCGGGUCGGCGGGCACCGUCUCCCCCCCCGCGGCCCGCGCCGCCGCCGCGCCCGACCGCGCUGUCGCCGGGCCCGCAGCACCCGGGGGCGGCGCCGCAGUACCCGGGCACGGCGCCGCAGCACCCGGGGGCAGCGCCGCAGUACCCGGCGCUGCGCGCGGUGCUGCGGGCGGUGCCGCGCGAGGAGCCGCCCGCGUCGCCGCUCAAGCCGCGCCACCCGGUCGACCCCACGCAUAUAUCGAUGCCUCUGCGGCACAUCACGAAGCACGACAUUCGCGUGCUCCCGACGAGCGAGCGGCGCGAGCUGCCCGCGCUCAACAGCCCCAGCGCGUCGCCCCCGCCCCGCGCCCCCGCCCCCGCCCCCGCUCCCGCGCCGGCCCCCGGCGACAUCGUGGUGGGGGCGCAGGCGGCGGCGGAGGCGGGCUGGGCGCGGGGCGCGGCGCUGUCGCCGGGCAGCGCGGUGCGCGGCAUCUUCCCCUCCUCCAAGUCGCGCAGCCUCAAGAAGAAGAGCUCCAUCCUGGCCAAGCGGCGGCUGGUGCCGGCGGCGGCGCUGGCGGCGCGCGGCGCGGGCGGCGCGGUGUGGCAGCGCGUGCGGGCGCGCGCCUCGCCCCGCUGGGCGCGGCGGCACCUGCUGCUGGCGCACAGCGUGCUGUACGCCUACCGCGCGCCCGACUGCAGCAAGGCGGACUGCAUGAUCUACCUGGCGGGCUGCACGGUGGCGGCGGCGCCGGAGGUCAAGUCCCGCGCGCACGCCUUCAAGGUGUACCACACGGGCACCGCCUUCUACUUCGCCUGCGACUCCCGCGACGCGCAGCUCGCCUGGAUCCAGCUCAUCCACCGCGCCACGCUGCUGCCCGAGCUCGCCGCCGACAUGGACGUAUCGAAGCAGUUCUCGGAGACGGACUACUCGGAGACGGAGUCGGACACAGAGAGCCCGCGGGAGCGGGAGCGGGACAAGGACAAGGACAAGGACAAGUCCAAGUUCGGCUCGCUCAAGAAGCUCACGCACCGCAUGCAGCGCAGCGACUCCGGCGACCUGCCGCCGCAUGCCGCCACCAGCCUCGACCGCAAGUACCUGCGCUUCUUCUACCGCAGCAAGCCCAAGGACGACGCCAAGCCCAAGAAUAAGCAAGUGGGAGUUCCCGUGCCCACCGAGCACUACCGCAGCUACCGCCGCGUGGCCGCCUCCCCCGCGCCGGCCCCCGGUCCCGCCCCCGCCAGCCCCCCGGGCUCCCCGCCGGCGCCGCGGCCGGGGGAGGAGGGCUCGGGGCGGGGGCGGCGCCUGCCCAAGCCCAUCAACUACAUCCACGCCUCCAACCCCAACCUGCUCGACUUCGACAAGAGCGACUUCGUCACUAAACCCGCGCUGCACGUGCCCAAGCCUAAACCCAAGACGGAGACGCUGGUGGGGCUGGUGACGCUGGAGCAGUUCAUGCUGCGCAAGCAGGCGGAGGAGCGGCGCCAGCUGUACAGCAACCGCGUGCUGCUGGGCGUCGAGCACCAGGCGCUGCUGCACCGCCUCGACAACAUCGUGCCGGACGUGAUAUACGGCGAGCUGUGCGGCAGCGCGGGUGGCGGCUCGGCUGGCGGCGGCUCGGGCGGCGGCUCGGCCGGCGGCUCGGCCGGCGGCGGCAAGCCCGUGUCCGUGCGCGGCAGGGACGGGUACGAGAAGAUAGUGUACCGGGACGAGAUGGGCGGCACCCCCGCGUGUGGGGCGGGGGCAACGUCGGGUGGGGCGGGCGGGGCGAGUGGGGCGGGUGGGGCGCGCGCGGGGCGGGGCGGCGCGGGGGAGCGGUGGCGGGACUCGCUGCGCAGGAACGAUAAGGUGCACUCUGCCCGCGCGGACGCGGAGGUGAAGCCGCAUCACGCGCACUCCGCGCAUACACGCGACAGUGUCAUCACACGUAGUGGAUUUUCUGUGACAACGUGGAGAGUGAAACACUUAACCCUACGUGUGCCGGCGUGCCUCCGGGUCGCCGCCGUCCCGCCGCCGUCCCACCGCCGUCCCGCCGCCGCCGGUCGCGCAACACUCCCGGCUAAUGUUUCCGCAUCUAGUCGAGCGCCGAACACGACACGACAAACAAACGAAUACUCUAAUUACUAACACUACAAAUAAAACGGCUUGAUGCCUGCAUUGUUA